AUGAACAACCUUGCUAUGAUGCAGCAGCUCCUCCAGUCCCAGAAGAACUCUCCUGACAUGGCUCAGAUGAUGAACCCUGCUAUGUUGAACCCAGCUAUGCUUUACCAGAACCAGAUCAACCUCUACCAGGCGCUCCAGGACCCAUCUACUGUCGCCAUGUUGAUCCAGCAACAGCAGGCGCUUCACCAACAGCUUCAGGCUCAGGCGAUGCAAAACCAGAACCUUGGACGAGAAGCUCUCGGUCUCUGGGGCCAGCGCUCUCAGCAACUCUUUGGAAACAAGAACAAGGCCGUCGGUUCCGGCCGAACCAGCGCCAAGAAGACCACCAAGGCCCCAAAACUCCGACCUGAUGAAGGUCAAAUGAUCCUCCCAGACCACGAAACCCAGCGAGCCAUCAUUGAAGCCGCCGAAUUCUACUUCUCCAACGAGAACUUGGCCAAGGACCACUACCUCCUUCGACAGAUCUGCCAAAAGAGCGAGGGAUUCCUCUCCAUCAAGCUUCUUACUGCUUUGAAGAACGUCAAAAAGCUCACUAAGGACUGGCGAGUGACCGCUCACUGCUUGAAAAAAUCCCAGAAGCUCCAGCUCAACGAGGAGAACACCAAGGUCCGACGAAUCGACGCUCUCCCCGAGUACGUCCUCAAGGCACGAACCAUCACAAACGUUCUUUGCAUCAAGAUGCCAAAGACUCUUGGUUCCGUCGGUGCUGUCACCGCCAUGUUCGCUGAAUUCGGCGCCAUCUCCCUCGUCCGCGUCCUUCUCGAAGGCAAGCCAGUCCCAUGCGAUCUCCGAAACUACGCCACGCAAGUUCCAGACAUGGGCCAGUCCCUCUGCGCCGUCGUUGAAUUCGAAACAGAAGAAGAAGCCACUCGAUGCGUCAAAGAACUGAACGCUCGACAGAACGAGAAUGGCAUGCGCGCCGCUCUCCUCGGUCCUCGACUCCGACGAAACCUCUACAAGGUCCCAACCGAAGAGGAGAAGGAAGCCGAGCUACUCAAGCUCGCCGGUGCUUCUAAGAUCGAGGGUGGCGAUUCCGGAUGCGACUCUGCCAGCAUGGGCGAUGAUGCUGAUGUCUCUGGUGCUACCAGUGAUAACAGCAGCAGCAACCAGUUUGACAUGAGCGGACGAAACAAGCGACUCAGCAAGCGAAAGGAGCGCGGAACUGAUGACCUCCAGUCAGUCACUUCCUCCGAGGACUACUGUGACCCCCGACCAUGGGGCAAGAGUGUCACCGACUCCUCCGUCCAGCUGACCACCACAUCCGAGUCCGACUCGACCGACGAGAAGACCAACUACCGAUACCGACAACUCUCCGUGAUCCGAGAGCCUUGUGGACCAGAUGGAACUCGAGGAUUCCACGGUGGCGCCCAGCGAUGGAAGCGAUCUGCUCAGCAAUAA